AUGCUUUACUCUACUUUAUUUCAUGGAAUGACGAGUCUCUCUCGGCCUUCUUUAUCCAGCCUCAACGGCCAAUCACAGCAGAGCAUCCACACCCUGACUCAGGAGGAGGAUUCGGUGUUGUCUUUGGCUGCGACUGAGACGCUACUCUUCAGUGGUGGUCAGGGUGUUCACGGCUCUGAUAUCCAUGUCUGGGACUUAGCUCACUUUCAGCUCAAGGCAAAUCUCAAGGGACAUCUCGGAAGUAUUCUCUGCCUAACCUUGCGUGCUGACGGUAGAUGGUUAUUCAGUUCCUCUGGCGACGGCACUGUGAGGGUAUGGGAUACUGAGACAUUCCGUUGCUUAUACCAUAUUCAUUCAAGCCAAGAUGUUGGCGAUGUAUUUUCAGUAGUUUUCUCGGAGACAUUGAAUACUAUGUACAUCGGAUGUCAGAAUACAAGCAUCCAGUGGCUCGAUUUUUCAGAAUCGGUAUUGGAUGUUCCACAAUCACCAAAUAUCACACAUUCUCUUCGCCAACAACUACCGACAUUUUUUGAGGGAGAUAUUAGUGCAAAGGAUCCUGAGGAACAUGUGAUUCGGCGAAGCAUCCCUGAUUCUUGCAUCUCACUCAAUAGUCACUUUGGGUAUGUGUACUGCCUAUUGCUCGGAAAAGUACCUAACGUGGGAGGCGAAAUUUUGUUUUCCGGUUCUGGUGAAGGUGAUAUCAAGCUAUGGAAUAUUAGCAAGAGUAGACCAAUCGAACAUUUGAGGACGUUGAAAGCAGGUGUGGAUGCCAGUACAUUGACCUUGGCUCUUCAUGAUGGCUUCCUUUUUUGUGGCUCGCAAGGCGGCAAUAUUAAGAUUUUCGAUCUAGAAACCUUUCAAUUGAUCCGGUCGCUUAUUGCGCAUGAGGAUGAUGUUCUGUCCCUGGAGGUGCGAGGCUCUCAAGUAUAUAGCGCAUCUGCAGAUGGCGUUGUCAAGCAAUGGAAUAGAAGCUUUGAGCCUCUGAAAGCCUGGCGCGACCACAAGGGAAGCGUGCUCUCAUUGACUAGUACGCAGAACUACUUGGUCAGUGGAGGCAGCGACAAACUUAUUAAGUUUUGGCCUAUCACGGAAGGAAGCGCCCAGACAGAGUCUGUAGAGCCGACUGCAGAAGAUGUGAUGUUGUACGCAUUAGAGAAAUGGAUUGCAAUGCCAACAGUUUCUGGUAUCCCAUCGCAGCUGGAGGAAUGCCGUCGUGGCGCAAAAUUCCUGAAAGCAGUGCUACAGCAACUCGGUGCUGAAUCUCGACUUAUCCCUGGCGCUCCUGGACACAAUCCAUUGGUAUAUGGGCAAUUUAGCGCAAGGUCCGCAGAAUCUGGUGGCCGAGCCCGUCCCCUUAACGUGCUAGUGUAUGGCCACUACGAUGUAAUAGCGGCGGAUAUAAAGAAGUGGGACUACCCUCCAUUCCAGAUGACAGGAAAGGACGGAUACUUGUACGGACGUGGAGUGUCAGAUAAUAAAGGACCAAUCCUCGCGUGUAUCUUCGCAGCUAGCGAGCUACAGGAAGAACAACAACUGGAUGUCAAUGUCAAGUUUUUGAUUGAAGGCGAAGAAGAAAACGGAAGUGUGGGCUUCUUCCAAGCUGUUGAGCAAAAUAUUGAGCUAUUUCAAGAGGCGGACGUUAUCUUGCUAAGCAAUUCAUAUUGGCUAGGAGAAGAUAUCCCCUGUCUAACGUAUGGGCUUCGAGGCGUCAUCCACUCAACGUUGACUAUCACUAGCAAGAAUGUGGAUCUACAUUCUGGUGUUGAUGGUGGCGCAGUCUCCGAGCCUCUGAUCGAUAUGGUGAAGGUGCUAUCGGAGCUCAUCAACUCAGACAGAACGGCCAAGAUCCCUGGUUUUUAUGAUUGUAUCCGUCCUCUGACGUCACACGAAGACGCACUUUACGAUCCAAUUGUCGAGGACAUGUUCAAUAACCCUGCUGGUCAGCGCCACUGGGACCCUCUUGCAACUGGGGUUACAAGAGAGGAACUCAAGAAAAAGCUGAUGGCGAGAUGGCGUAAUCCAUCCUUGACCAUUCAUCAAGUUGAUGUUUCAGGACCAAAGAAUAGGACCGUCAUCCCCCGCCUAGCCAAGGCUUCAGUCAGUAUGCGUAUUGUACCUGAUCAAAAAGUAGCAGACAUUACAAAGUCAUUUGAGGAACAUGUGCGUAAGGUUUUUGAACAGCUACAGACCGAGAACGAGAUUGAGAUCAACAUUAAAGUAGUUGCCGAUUGGUGGUUAGGCGACACUGAAGAUCGGUUCUUCAAGGCUGCCGAGCUAGCGAUUGAAGAAGAGUGGGGUCAAAAACCUCUUUUCAUCCGAGAAGGUGGGUCUGUCCCAGCAAUUCGAUGGCUCGAAAAGCGGUUGGGCGCCGCUGCUGUUCAUAUUCCUAUGGGUCAGUCAUCUGAUCAAGCGCAUCUGAACAAUGAGAGGAUCCGGCUGCAGAACUUGAACUCGGGCAAACGAGUCAUCAAGCUCUUCUUGAGGGAACUUAGGACACUUGAAGCAGCACCACAUAACCAUGAGCAGAAAUAAUAAAG